AGGCUCCGUGACUCGGCCGCAGACGCGCAGCGAGCCGGCAGAGGGACGCAGCAGGAACAGUGAUGCCGGAGUGACAUUUGCACCAUGUUUACACCUUGUCGGACAGUCUGUAAUGCGGAGGUAAACAAAGAAUCGACCGGACUGUCCUUGUUUUCCACAGUGAUGGAGACUAUGGAUGGCAUUCCCGCCACCAAGUUAUUAUGGAAGCAAUGGGACAGUUUUGGCCAUAAUCUAUACUGCUGACUUCAUGGCCGUGAGUAAGAGUGCUGCUGAUGACUUCUGUAAGCCGACACUGGACUCCAGAGAUAAUGGGCAGCUGGCUCUAUAUAAAGUGGAUUGAGAAGGUCUCAUAUCCACUCAUUUUUUUGAUGGAAUAAGUACUGCUAUCACCUCUGCACUGCAGCACAAAGGAUGUCAAAUCUCAUGCAAAGUAAGAGAGAAGAUGUCCACCCCAGAGAGGGUUUAUCUCGUGCUUGAUCUUUUAUCAAAAGAUGCAAAGAUACAUCAUGGGAAUAUGCCGCAUGGAUGGAACUGAAAUGCCUCACAGAUCAGCUGUUACCCAAUUCUAUGGCUUUAAUGUAUCAUUACCCAUCAGUAUGACUUAACCAAGCACCUCCUACACCCACAUAUGUUCAGGGAUGGAUCUGAUGAACUUUACCACUGUCAUCGACAAUGGGUUAAUGGAUGAGGCACCAUCGAGCCGCGUCCUAACUGGCUGUUUCCUCUCUCUGCUCAUCCUCACCACCUUGCUGGGAAACAUAUUAGUUUGCGCUGCUGUCACCAAGUUCCGCCAUCUCCGCUCGAAAGUAACCAACUUUUUUGUGAUCUCAUUGGCUGUGUCGGACCUCUUAGUUGCCAUCUUGGUGAUGCCAUGGAAAGCCGUGACAGAGAUCGCAGGAUUCUGGCCGUUCGGCUCCUUCUGUGACACCUGGGUGGCAUUUGACAUCAUGUGCUCCACCGCGUCCAUCUUGAACCUGUGUGUAAUAAGCGUGGACCGGUACUGGGCCAUCUCCAGCCCCUUCCGGUAUGAGAGGAAGAUGACACCCAGAGUGGCCUAUGUGAUGAUCAGUGUGGCCUGGACCUUGUCUGUCCUCAUUUCCUUCAUCCCAGUGCAGCUCAACUGGCACAAGGCCCAGACCAAAUCUUCUUCCCCUCUCACAGCCUCCUCUGGCUCUGUGGGAUCAAACACUACAGUCGGGACAUACCGCAGCCAAGAGAACUGUGACUCAAGUCUGAACCGGACCUACGCCAUCUCCACCUCUCUCAUAAGUUUCUACAUCCCUGUGGCCAUCAUGGUGGCCACCUAUACCCAGAUCUACCGUAUCGCCCACAGGCAGAUCCGGAGAAUCUCUGCCCUGGAGCGAGCGGCUGAAAGUGCCAAGAACAGACAUGACAGCAUGGGGGGAAGCUCCAGCAUCGCAGACUCUGAUAGCUCUUUUAAAAUGACGUUCAAGAGAGAGACCAAGGUCCUGAAGACGUUGUCAGUGAUCAUGGGGGUGUUUGUGUGCUGCUGGCUUCCAUUUUUCAUCCUCAACUGCAUGGUGCCCUUCUGUGAGCAGUCAAGUGGAGGAAAAGCUUUCCCCUGCAUCAGCCCCACCACCUUUGAUGUGUUUGUGUGGUUCGGCUGGGCGAAUUCCUCCCUCAACCCCAUCAUCUAUGCCUUCAAUGCAGAUUUCCGUAAAGCCUUCUCCAUCCUGCUGGGCUGCCACAGACUGUAUCCAGGAGGCCACGGCAUAGAGACGGUCAGUCUAAACAAGAACUGACUCAUAACUUUCUCACAGUACUGACUCACCCUCGAUGCUAAAAGUCCGUCAUUCGUGCUGAGGCCAGUCUGAUCAACUUAAAACGAGGAAUCUGCUCUGCGCUAAACCCCAGUGUGCCUGCAGGAUACAGUAACCCUAUAUGUACCCAUGCUUGCACUGAGUCAAUGGCCUGCCUGUGUGCAGACUGUUAGUGUGUGCCAUCUUUAGCCUGGUUACUUUGCUGUCUUCAGCUGGAAGAAGCUCCAAAGAGAAAAGCAGGGAUUUGGGGUUUCAGAUUAAGACUGUCCUCUGUUGUGCCAGGGAAUCUGGAGAGCAGUGGUGCUGACACACCCCUGGGAAAGAUAAUCCCAUGACUGGGCAGCACACACUCUAAUGCUGUCAGACGCUGCUCUCUUCAAUACCGUCACAAUCACAUACACAAACACAAACACUGUCAGAGCAUGCUCCUCCAAAUAUAACUGCAGCUCACAAGAGACACACGACAACAAAUUACA